AUGGCGCCCUCGUCCGGCGCUCUGCGCUCGCUCUUGCGACCCCAACAGCAGCAGACCCGGCGACAAUGCCAGCGCUUUCUAUUGACCUCCGCCAAUGCCACAACAUCGAGCACCCGCCCCACGGCAUCGUCGCAGCAGCAAUGUCCCCGUCCUCUUCGCACCACACAGCCCUCCUUCGAGCAGCGCCGCUUCAAGUCGCGCUCCGUCGAGGAGCAGAAGAGCAGGUACCGCACCGGCCCCUUCUCCUGGAAGGCAGGUCUGCUGUUCGUGGGCACCAGCGCCGGUCUGGUCUAUUAUUUCGAGUACGAGAAGGAGCGCAUGCAACGGAAGCGCAUCGCCGAGGCCACAAAGGGUGUGGGCACCCCCAAGGUCGGUGGCGAUUUUGACUUGGUCGAUCAGGAUGGGAAGCCCUUCACAAGCGCAGAUUUGAAGGGUAGGUACAGUCUGGUUUACUUCGGUUUCUCCCAUUGUCCUGAUAUCUGCCCGGAAGAGCUCGACAAAAUGGCCCGCAUGUUCGACCUGGUCGAGGCCGAGACCCCCGGUGCUGUCCUCCCAGUUUUCGUCACCUGCGACCCGGCCCGUGACACCCCCAACGUGCUCAAGGAGUACUUGGCAGAGUUUCAUCCCGCCUUCGUCGGUCUGACGGGCACUUACGACCAGAUCAAGGACAUGUGCAAGGCAUACCGAGUCUACUUCAGCACCCCGAGAAACGUGGCCCCUGGUCAGGACUACUUGGUCGAUCACAGUAUUUAUUUCUACUUGAUGGACCCAGAGGGUGACUUCGUUGAAGCACUGGGCAGACAGCACAGCCCAGACGCAGCCGCCAAGAUUAUAUUAGAUCACACCAAGGACUGGAAAGGACCUGUGAGCAGGUAA